UAUUCUUCGCUUUCAGCAGAUAAAUGAUGCUCUAACGCCAGACACUUCACCAAGAGAGGUUAUCUCUCUGUCCAUCCUCUGUUCAGCGGACCCUUUCGAGGCUCUCGGAUUUGCUUCAUUCUGAAUUAUUGCAGAUACAAAAGAGUCCUGACCGGAAAGCUUAGAAGAUGAGGGGAAGCUUAUGGCAACUUGGGCAAUCAAUCACCCGCCGUCUUGCCAGCAGUGAUAAGAAGGCUGUGGCUCGCAGAUAUUUUGCCACGGAAGCUGAUCUGAAAAAGACAGUUCUUUAUGACUUCCAUGUUACUCAUGGGGGAAAGAUGGUGCCAUUUGCUGGAUGGAGCAUGCCCAUCCAGUACAAGGACUCAAUCAUGGACUCAACCCUGAACUGUAGGGAGAAUGGUGGCCUAUUUGAUGUCUCCCAUAUGUGUGGGCUAAGUCUUAAAGGAAAGGAUUCUAUUCCUUUCCUUGAAAAGCUUGUAAUUGCUGAUGUUGUUGGGCUUGCCCCUGGAAGUGGAACAUUGACUGUCUUUACAAAUGAAAAGGGUGGGGCUAUCGAUGAUUCAGUGAUUACCAAGGUGAAGGAUGAUCACAUAUACUUGGUUGUGAAUGCCGGGUGUAGGGAUAAAGAUCUUGCUCAUAUUGAGGCACAUAUGAAAGCAUUCAAGGCCAAAGGUGGUGAUGUGUCAUGGCACAUCCAUGAUGAGAGAUCCCUUCUUGCUCUGCAGGGUCCUCUUGCUGCCCCUGUUCUUCAACACCUGACAAAAGAAGAUUUGAGCAAGUUGUACUUUGGCGAGUUUCGUAUAUUGGACAUCAAUGGCUCACAGUGUUUUCUUACUAGGACAGGGUAUACCGGGGAAGAUGGGUUUGAGAUCUCAGUUCCUUCAGAGAAUGCAGUAGAUCUUGCUAAGGCAAUCCUUGAGAAAUCUGAAGGCAAGAUAAGACUGACAGGACUGGGUGCUAGAGAUAGUUUAAGGCUUGAAGCUGGAUUGUGCCUGUAUGGGAAUGACUUGGAACAACACAUCACACCAAUAGAAGCAGGACUCACUUGGGCCAUAGGGAAAAGGAGAAGAGCAGCAGGAGGGUUUCUUGGAGCUGAUGUUAUACUGAAACAGCUCGAAGAAGGCCCUUCAAUCCGGCGUGUAGGGUUCUUCUCCACUGGACCGCCUCCCAGAAGCCACAGCGAGAUUCAAGACGAGCAAGGCAACAACAUUGGAGAAGUGACCAGUGGAGGAUUCAGUCCUUGCCUGAAGAAGAACAUAGCAAUGGGGUAUGUGAAAUCUGGAUUGCACAAAGCAGGGACCAAAGUGAAGAUUGUGAUUAGAGGAAAACUCAAUGAAGGAGUGGUCACAAAAAUGCCAUUUGUACCAACGAAAUACUACAAGCCUUCUUGAUUGAUGAUUCAUUUGAUCUGCUGUGUUGUUUCUGCUUGAACUCUCUGAUCACUCCUCCCUUGUUGACGAUUUUAACCAUCAUCAUUUCGAGUGUUAUAGCCAAUUUAAUGCUUUUGUCCUUAA